GGGGGUCCGGUGCGGGGCCUGCCGGGCGGGGGGAUGGACGGCCACCACGACGACGAGCUGGCCGAGCGCGGGGACCCCCGGGAGGACCCCCAGGACGAGGAGGAGGAGGAGGAGGACCACCAGGAGGAGGAGGACGAGGAGGAGGACACAGCGGCCGAAACCGAGGACGAGUCGGACGGGAGGUUGACAGACCAUCUCCAAGAUGAAGAGGCAAAAUCCAGAGAGCAGUGUAUUAUAUCUGAUCCAUCCUUUUCCAUGGUAACCAUUCAACGUGAAGAUAGCGGAAUAACCUGGGAGACCAACUCAAGUAGAUGUUCCACUCCUUGGGCUUCGGAAGGUAGCUCAACUCCUGAUAUAUACAGUCCAGAAAGUUCAACUGUAAGUUCUCCACCUGGGAACGUUUCAUUCAUCAUGGAUGAAGGGAAGAAGAUGCGGAAGAGAUCGCGAAAAUCAUCCAAACGCAGUUCACCAUCUCUGCGUCGGAAACGGAAUAGAAAAAGCCCUUCUCCUGAGGCUCAGUUAAAAGGACUGGAAGAGUCCAAAGACCAUUCUUCCAUUUCCAAUGGAGAAAAGCCACCCAUCGGCCCCUACGAUAAAACGAGGAAAAAGAAAACAACUUCCAACACUCCCCCGAUCACCGGCGCGAUAUACAAAGAGUAUAAGCCAUUAGAUUUAAAGCCAGUAUAUAUAGGAACCGUACAGUAUAAAAUUAAGAUGUUCAAUUCGGUUAAGGAAGAAAUAAUCCCGCUACAAUUUUAUGGAACUUUACCAAAGGGUUAUGUAAUUAAAGAAAUCAGUUAUAGAAAGGGAAAAGAUGCAUCCGUUACUCUAGAACCAGCUUCUGACUCUACUCUACCAUUAAAGACAGAUAGGUCAUUCACACAUAAUAUUGAAAAGAAUAAAGAAACAUGGAAUUCUGCACCAUGGAGAGAAACGCUCUCCAAGGAGUCACGAUCAGGGUCAUCGAUGCUUAAUGGGGACAUAAAGCAGAGAGAAACUCUGUCUCCUAGUCCUGCUUAUUCCACAAACAAAGGAGCAGCAGAUAAAAGACAGCCCCGUACUCUGGGAACUCCAGAAUUUAUCCCGCCACAUUCAGGGGAUGAGGUAGAGAAGAAAGAGAGGGAACCAGAUGCUCCAGUUGCUGCACCAUCGCCACAAAAAUAUUCAGCAUCAGCAGAAGCAGCGGGAGAAGAAUCUGAGCGAGAUUCACAGCUAACCGCCACAGCAGCACCUGGCCGUUCCAUUUCACCACCUGUAGCUCCUGGUGAAGGGAAGGAAGGUAUUGAAUCAGAUUCACCCCCUGAUUCUGAACCUUCUGUCUCACUUGAGGCAGAGAAGGACGGCACUGAGUCAGAACCACCAGCAGUUACAUCAGAAGUCUCUGCCGAGAAGGAAGACAAACCGGAGAUAUAUUCUCUAGAAAAGGCCGAAACCGAGGCCCAACUGGGGAUUCCACCGUAUCCCAUUCAGAAAGAAGAGGAAGAAAGGAUCGAUCUAGAUUUUCCAGGAGUGCCGACUGAGCAUUCAGGGAUAGGAGAAGAAACGAAGGAAGACGUUGAACCUUUUUCACCGCUAACAGCAACAUCUGGGCUCGAUCAGUCGUAUUUGUCAGAGGAGGAGGUAAUAGAAAUCGAGGCUCCAGAAAGUCUGUCUGGGACUGAAAAUUCAGUUCCUCCGUAUGAAGUUCAUGAAAUGGAGAAGAAAGAAAUUGAGUCUGGUGACCUAUUAACAACAACAUCUCCAUCCAAACAUGCAGUUGUAUCAGAAGGGUCAGAAGGAGAGAAAGCAUAUUCACCAGAUUCAGCUUUUGCAUCAGAAAAUGAACUAGAUAAGAAAGCUGUUGAGCCUGGCUGCUCACCGAAUACAUCAUCUGCAACUGAACAUGUCAUUCUAUCAGAGGAAGAUGACGAGAAAAGGGAAGCUUUUUCACCAGUCUCAGUUUCUGUAUCGGAAGAUUCGAUCCCACCCUACGCAACCGAAAAAGACGAUAUUGCACCCGAUUCUUCACACGGUACCAUAACCACAUCUGGACAGGUCGUUCGAUCAGAACAAGAGGAUGAGGAGAUGGAAGCUUUUUCACCAGACUCAGCUUCUGUAACGGAAUAUUCACUUCCACCACAUGCAACAGGAAAGAAAGGUAUUCUGUCGGAUUCUUCACUCGGCACAAUAACUACGACGGAACAAGUCGUCCUGACAGAAGAAGAUGAUGAGAAGAUGGAAACUCUAUCACCAGACCCAGUUUCAGGAUCGGGAUAUUCAAUUCCGUCGAAUGCACCCGAAAAGAAAGAUGUCACACCUGAUUCUUCACGUAGUACAAUAACCACAUCUGAACAUGUUGUCCUGCCAGGAGAUGCUGAUGUAGAGCCUCUUUCUCAAGACUCAGCUUCUGUAUCAGAAUAUUCAAUUCCACCCUGUACAACAGAAAAGAAAGAUAACGUGCCCGAUUCUUCGCUCAGCACAAUGACUACAACAGAGCAUAUUGUCCUUUCCGAAGAAGAUGACGCGGAGGAGAUGGAACCUUUUUCACCAGACUCAGCUUUUGUGUCAGAAUAUUCAGUUCCACCCUAUGCAGCAGAAAAGAAAGAUGUUAUGCCCGAUUCUUCACUCAGAACAAUAACUACAACAGAGCACAUCGUCCUUUCGGAAGAAGAUGAUGAGGAGGAGAUGGAACCUUUUUCACCAGACUCAGCUUCUGUAUCAGAAUAUUCAGUUCCUCCCUAUGCAACAGAAAAGAAAGAUAUUGAGCCCGAUUCUUCUCUCCGCACAAUAACUACAGCAGAGCACAUCGUCCUAUCAGAAGAAGAUGAUGAAGAGAAGAUGGAACCUUUUUCACCAGACUCAGCUUCUGUAUCAGAAUUUUCAGUUCCACCCUAUGCAACAGAAAAGAAAGAUAUAGAGCCCGAUUCUUCCCUCCGCACGAUAACUACAGCGGAGCACAUCGUCCUAUCAGAAGAAGAUAAUGAAGAGGAGGUGGAACCCUUUUCACCAGACUCAGCUUUUAUGUCAGAAUAUUCAGUUCCACCCUAUGCAGCAGAACAGAAAGAUGCUAUGCCCGAUUCUUCACUCAGCACAAUAACUACAACUGAGCACAUUGUCCUAUCAGAAGAAGAUGAUGAGGAGGAGGAGAUGGAAACUUUUUCUCCAGACUCAGCUUCGGUAUCAGAAUAUUCAAUUCCACUCUAUGCAUCAGAAAGGAAAGAUGCUAUGCCCGAUUCUUCUGUCAGCACAGUAACUACAAUGGAGCAGAUCUUCCUAUCAGAAGAAGAUGAGGAGGAGGAGAGGGGACCUUUUUCUCCAGACUCAGCUUCUGUUUCAGAAUAUUCAAUCCCACCAUAUGCAACUCAUGAAGAACUCAUGCAACUCUUCCCAUCGAAGAAAGAAAUUGAUUUCGAUUCCUCUUUAAAUGCAGCAUCUGCAUCUGAACGUGUAGUUUUUUCAGAGGAAGAAAAAGAAAAUCGGGGCCCUUUUUCACCUGAUUCCGCAUUUAUGUCAGAAUAUUCCAUCUCACCAUUUGCCACCAAAGAACCAGAGAAGAAAGAAUUUGAGUAUGAUUCCUCUCUGCGGUCGACCCCAGCUUCUGACCGCACAAUUAUAUCCGAAGAAGAGAAUGAGGAGAUGGCAAUUUCUUCUCCAGACUCAGCAUUAGUCGCUGAAUAUUCAGCCCCACCAUUCCAGGCCCACGAACCGGACAGGAACUACCUCGAGCCUGGCUCGCUGCUCACGGCAAUGUCUGUGUCUGAGUGUUCCCUGUUUUCAGAAGCAGAGAAGGAAGAGACGGAGUCAGACACCCAACCUCCAUCAAAAACCGUGUCUGAACAUCUCAUUUUGUCCCAGAGGCGAAAAACUAAGCCUCCCUCUCCGAUGCUUGAGACUAAACAUUUGGCAUCACAGGAGUUGAUGGAUGGAGCGGAGAAAGAAAUUAACCUAGGUUCAUUAGAGAGGGCCGCGUCCGCUUCUGAGAGUGUGGUUUCUCCUAAAGGGCAGGGAGAGGGCCACCCAGGUUUCCCAACCCCUACGGUCUCUGUGUCAGUAUUUGAAAAAGGACUGGAGCCAGGUCCAUCUGGAGAUUUUCUUUCUUCACAAGUAGGAAAGGAUGAAAUUGGACCGGCUCCCCAAGAAAUUUCACUAUCUUUCCCAGUGCCUUCACCUUCAUCCCAGAAGCAAAAUGUGGAACGAGGUUCUCCAAAAGCUCCCGUGUCUGUGACUGAGCCCUCAAUUACCCCAUUUCCAGCUGAUGAGCCAAAGGAGGCCAUGAAGCCCAAGUCAUCACCAGGUGUGGCGUCUGUGUCGGAAUGUAAGGUUUUACCAGAUGCUGAGGACCAAAAGGAGGAGGAGGAGGAUCACCAUACCCAACUAAAGACCACUUCCAGGUCUGGAGUUUUACCGGAAGUAGAAAACAAAGAAAAGCCCGUUGCAAAACCGAGGAGCUCCCGGCAAGCUCAGGAUUUAGCAUCUUCAAAAGCAGAGAAGGAAGUUCCAGGCCUGUCAAAAGAAAGAAAGGAAGAACUCCAGGGGAGUUCAUCACCUGAGUCGACGGCAUCUGGAUCUGAACCAUCAGCCGUGCCCCCACAAAGAAAGAAAACCACUGAACCUCUGAUCGGAACAUCUGGAUCUGAACCCUCAGUCCCGCCGGGAGAAAGAGAGGAAAACAUCAAACUCUGUUCUCCUGGAGAUUCAAUAUCUGGAUCUGGACACUCAGUCCUGCCAGAAGAAAGAAAGGAAGAUAUUAAACUUGGUUCCCCCAGGGAAUCAGCACCCACACUUGAACAUUCAGCUGAACCCCCACAUAGAGAGAAAGAUAUUGAACUUGGCUCUCAAGAGGCUACGACAUCUAAGUCCGAAAACUCAUUCUUGCCUGAAGAUAAGAAGAAAAGCAUUGAGACUUCUCCAACCCUAACGACGUGGGAAGCUGAACAUACCGUUUUAAACAAAGAAGGGAAGAAAGAUAUCUCAUCAGGUUUGCAAUUCUCCACAGCAGCUGCGUAUGAAUCCUCUAUUCUAUCUAAAGUAGAAAAGAAAGAAACUGAACCUCGCUCACAACCACCCAAAGCAGCUUUACCCGACUCUUCUGUUUUAGAAGUUGGAAGGGUAGAAAAUGAGACUGUGAUCCCACCAACUAAAACCCCUUCAUCUGACCCUUCUGUUGAACCUCCCAAGACAAUACCUGAACAUCUUUCUCCCCCAUUUAUGCCCCAAACCUGGAUUCCACUAUCAUCCGCUGAUGAAACAGAGGAAGGAAAAAUUGAGUCUCAUUUAUCAGAAGAAAAGAGAAAAAUGGAAGCUAUUCCCCAUGAAUCAGAAAAAUUGAUGUCAGAAGAGUUAAUCGCCACUUCACCAAUUGAUACCGGUGACAGGAAUAGACACGAAUUGAUAUCUCAUUCCCCAGACAAAGAAUUUUUGCCAGAGUAUCUGUCAGAAAAGUCAGGUGGUCUUUUGUUGAGUUUUGCUCUGGAAACUGGGACAAAAGCUCUGCAGCAUCACACACCAGAAUCACCACACCUUGUGUCAGAGGAAUCAAGUGCCUUAAUUAAUGAAAACGUGCCUGGAGAUUUAAAACAAGCAAAAUUUCCUUUGCCCGGGACAGGGAGCUUGAUGCCGGAAACUCAGACGAUGGAGUUUGUUUCCACAAGUGAAGAGGGAACACCGAUGGCUGAGAAUCUUAGUGCCAAAAAAUUGCUCCAAGAAACCCCAUCUCACAUACCUGAGGUGGUGCAUUCAGAGCCUGGUAAAUUAGUAACCUCUUCAGACAAGGAAGACAAUCUAAGACCUCAGUCAUAUCUGUUUUCCUUAAAAUCAUUAGUGGAAGAGCCCAAUAUUAGGAUUUCAAAAGAUUUGGCAGGCAGUGAAGAAGCAGUGGAAGAAACUCAUAUUUUGCCUCAGGUGGAAAAUCUGGCAGCCCAAGGGACGAAGUUUGUUUUAACCAAACACCGUGAAGAGCUUGAUGUAUCUGUCACCACACAAAGCCUGACAGAGAAAUUAGAAACAGUUGCUUCUGGCCUCCAGGAGGAGCAUAAGGAACAAGAGACAUUUUCCUCAGACAAAGUCCAUUUGCUGUCUGAUGUAUUAAUAACCAGUCCACCUGAGGUACAAAUUCUAGGAAUUCUACCUGAAACAUCUGCAGGAACGAGCUCCCCUGGAGAAGAGACCCAGUCUGCUGUGCCAACUGAAUUUGCAGGCAUUAACGGAGCCCAGAGACAGGAAUCCCCUCCUCCCCAGGGGUCCCAAAGUUUCAUCAAAGGAACUUCAAAAGGAGACUUCCCCAGACCUUUUGAAGAAAGAGAACAGCUGGAUUCUUCAGACACCAAGCAGACAAUAUUAGAGGAAGUGAAACCUGCUUCCCCAGGUGAUGGUCAGACAUACGGAGAUGGGAGGCGGGACACUCUAGUCCCCUUGGCCGGAGACGUGGAAGUAUCAUCACCCGAGGCAACACCGGAUAUAGGUAGAUCGGCUGACAAUAGAGAGGAAAUGGGAAAGGCGGCCUAUCCUUUGGAAGGAUUCCAGGUAUCAGGGGAGUCCAAAAUUGCUGUUCCAGUGGAAAACACAGCACUGGAUAAACAGAUCCAUUCUUUGGUAGAGUCUGACAGCUUGAUAUUGGAAAAGCCCAACACUGAAUUUUCCAGGCUUAGUAAAGGCAAUAACCAGAAAGAAUUAUUUUCUGAAGGAAUCAGUGGGGUCUUAGAGCCUGCCUGGUUGAAACAUGAAACUCCGAGACCAGAAAGUAUCGCUUCUUCAUUUAAAGAACCUAACUUGCUGGAAGAAGAAGCAAAAACCACCGUAGGUAGCUCUGUGGAUGAUGAAGAUCUGGGAAGUCUACCAUUUUCUACGGUUCUGGAAGAGCCCAAAAUGGUCAUUUCAAAAACUGUGAAAGAUACUCUUGAAGCGCAAGAGCCUGAAACAAGUCCUGUUCCUAAGGCAAAGAUGCCAGAAGAAUCCACGUGGGCCUUAAUUCAGAUUGAUGAAGGAGCUCAGAAAGCAGUGCCACCUGACUCCUCCGAAGGAGGAAGCAGAGUCACUGAACAACAGAAACCAGCCACGCCAGACAGCAAAGUGAAUAAAGGGGCAUCAUCAUUUACUUCAUGGAUGACCAGUUUGUUUUUUGGAGGGAGAAGUCCCAAAAGCAACCGUGAUGAAACUGAAGGCUUAGAAACUCCCCCUGGCCCUUCUGUGGAAACAGAUUCUUUGGUGGAAGAGUCGAAAGCUUCCGCUCCCAUCGGACCCGCCGAUUUUAAUGAAGCACAGAAGCCUGCGUUACCCUCCGAGUCAGAGCUCAGAGUGUCACCCGAAGAGGAGCCGAAGACCAGUUGGUUUAAACCCAGGGAAGAGAAAAGACAGGAAAGGACACCACCUGAAAGAGCAAGUGGGGACUUAGAGCAGCCCAAGUCAGCAGCUCCAGACCUCACUGAUGAAGCUAGGACGAAGGAAUCAGAGAAGCCAAAAGCACACUCUGUUCCAGAAUUUAAGAUUCUGACGGUGGAAGAAUUCCAAAAGGCUGUAAUUAAAGAUGGUGGGGAAAGAGCCCAGGGAGAAACACCAGGGCACCCGGCCAAGAAAGGAGAAAGACUGUCAGAACAACCAAAGCCUGAUUCUGAGGGGUUCAUCGAGGUUUCCUGGGGGCAGGAUCCUCAACUUUAUGUGGAUGAGAGAGCUGAUCGGUGGCCAGAAGAACCAGCAAAUGCAAAUAUAGACUCCACUCAGGAUCGAGUAAAGGCCGCAGCUCAGCUGAACACCUUUCCCAAAGAGGUUGAGAAGGCUGUCCCAGUUGCUGAGGAUGCUGAAGAAGAACAAAAGCCAGAAAUUCAUCGUCCCUUUGAGGCAAAGGUUCCGGUCGGAGAGACUAAGAGUGCCCCAGCUAAUCGAGCUGAAGAACGUGACCAAGGAGAAAUAUGUGAUAAAGGAGUUGAGGACCAGGCACCACCAAUGCCUGCUUCCUCAGACUUCACAGGUGAUAGUGUGACCUGGGAAUCACAGACCCCAGCAGUACAUCCCUUAGCCGAGACUAGGAUUUUAGCAGUAGGAGAAGCCCAACCCGAUUUACUUAAACGUGACGUAGAAAGAAAGGAGGAAAAAUCACCAUUUUUGCCAUCUGCUGUGGUAGUAGGAGGGCUCUCAGAGCCACCAAAGGCUUAUGCUUCCUUUGACCUCUCUGAAGCAGAAUCAAAAUUAAGACCCGAAAGCCACCUUAAUGAUAAAGCUGAUUUGGGAAGUCGGCCUUAUUCUUUUGCAGAAAUAAAUAUUCUGGAAGAAAAAUCAGACAAAGUGGCUCCAUUUAUUCCAAGAGAUGUAAGCGAAAGGAACGUAGACUUCUCCAGUGAAUCGAGACCUUGGAAAUCUGUAGGAUCAAAGGAAUUAGAAAUAUUUUAUUGCAAUGAAAAAGGCCAGAAAGAAAGUCCACUGGACCUCCCUGGGAGAACAGGAAUGGUAACAGAGCCUUCAACAGCUCCUGCCCCAAGCCUCACUAAGGAAUCCAACAAGGAGCAAAUUCCACCCUUUUCCACCGGGACAUCUAGUUUAUUGGCAGAAAAGUCGGUGGUCUCUGAAGAGAAAAUUCUUAGUCAAAAAGAGAAUCUAGUGUCGCAGCGUAAGUCUUCCAGGGAAACUAAUCUGCUUUCAGAAACGGGGGUGUCAGGGGUUCCCAAGAAGGAGAAUGAGAGGCCAGAAAGUCACCUGCUGUCCAACUCAGGAGUUGAGAGGUUAGAGCUGGAAAAAGUCACGGCCCUUGUAGACAGGCCUGAAGAGGAAGAAAGAUUGUUUUAUUCUUCCAAGAGAGCACAUAUAGAGGUAGAGCUGCCAGAAACUGAUGCUUCACAAAAUCUGAGGCAGACCCCUCAGCCUGAUUUGGCUAUAGUGACCGGUCGGGUGUCAGAAGAAUCCGUAGUUACUCUAGACCGUCCCUCUGAACGAACGGAACACUUAGCAAAGCAGCAGUAUCCUUUAGCCAAAGCAACACUGUCAUUUGUAGAGUCCCAGACGGUGGUUUCGAAGGCAUCUCCGGAGACGCAAGCAGCAGAGAAGGAAGAAAUUUCUCCAUCCUCUCCCCCUCCGCCCCCGCCUCCUCCAAGGAGGACUGUUCAUACUACACAAAUGUCCAAAGACAUUCGAUCAAGUCCCCCCACACUCUCUCCUUUGGCUUCAAAGCAGAUUUCCAGUGCAGUGAUCAGGAGCGAUGCCGUCCCCCCAAAACCAUUCCCCCUAGCAACUGGACAACCUGAACAAAUGACUGAGGACAAACUAACCACCAACCUGAGUGAGGCUGGCCCCACUGAGGUAACGCCCAAGGAGCCUGAAAUUCUUUAUGCAAAGGAAGAAAAAUUUGCCGAUCCAUUGGUGUCUUCUAAGUCGGCUGGAUUUGCGUCGGGGUCCGAAGAUCAGAAAAAUCAGUUUAAUAUCAUUUCCGACAGUUGCGAGAUCCUGAGUAUUCACGCUCCCGCCUUUAUUUCUUCAGCUGACCAAGAGGAGAGUAAAAAAAUGCAGGAGGAAGUCGAGUACUUGGAAGAAAGCGCCUCUCUCAAAACCGGACUUCUUCAAGAUGACCGUGGGGAGACAGCCGGUCAGAAAGGUUUUCAGAGAGAAUCACCCGCAGGCCCCCCUGAUGAUGGUGCCAUUGAGGUGACCGAAAAGAGUCAAACAGAAUCGCCCAAAAGUGACAGGGACAUUUCUGCAAAUUCCCAAAAUGAUGAGUUGGGUUUUGGUCAUCCCGACACGACAAGUGACGUGGAUUAUUUUGAAAAAUACACCUUAAUUGAUUACAACAUCAACCCUGAGCCGGAAGAGCAGAAACCCAUUCAGACGUGGGCAGUCCAGGAGCAAACCCUACAGAAGGCUUCGAAAGGGACAGAUUUAUUCCCGGAAAGUCCAGAGGAAAGUGAAUUUUAUGUGGUGGAAUUGGAUUCAGCCUUUCAUGGAACUGAAAAGAAGCAUGACCGAUUAUUGCCGGCAGACUCUGCUCAGUUCUCGGUGACCCCAGAGUCGGCCGACCAGGAUAUCAGUAAGGAAGCAAACAGAGAAGAUGUGGACCUGAAGGUACUCGGAGCACCCUUAUCGGACACCAAAGAAGCAAUCUUGUCCCAAACCGUACUGUUCCCUCCGGCGGAUCCAGACCGUCGAGCGGAACGGCCUGCAUCCGAGUUCUUCGACAAGGUCGUCUCCCAAGAGGCGGCGGGAGGCAGAAGGAAAGAAGGCCAGGUGACUUCAGACGGAGAGAGUUUGAAUUCUGAGGCUCCAUCCCCAGGGAGGGACUCCGACGCAGACGAAGGAACCGGACUCUAUUUCGAGAAGUACACUCUCAAAGAUGACUUUCUACAUGGCGCUCCUGGGCCUCAGAAAGAUCAAAAUUGGGAAGAUAAACCAGGCAGUGGGGAGGACUCCUAUCUGCUGCUUCCUGAAGGAGAAGAAGUCUGGGGGAGGCUUGGCACUAUUUUGGAGGAGGAGAACAUGGGAAAGGAAGAGAAACCUAUUUGCAGAGAUAGAGGAGGAGUGGGCGGCGGGGUGGAGGAUAGCAAUGACCACGGGCUGCAGAAGGAAGCCCCCGUUAUGGAGGAAAUUAAAAUGGUGACUCAGAAAAUCACCUAUGCCAUCCCAUUCGAAGACACGCAUAACGUUUUGGAGAGAGUAGAUGAAUCCGCAAGCCAGACCGAUGAAGAAACUGCCUUGGCAGGGGCAGACCAACACUUCCCACUGCAGACGCCAUGUCAGGAAGAAGGAUUUGUUUCGGAAGAAGCUUCUUGGCAAGAUAACCAGCAAGAACAGGCUAAAAUAGCCUCAACUCAUAUAAUGCAGGAAUACCGAUCUGGCGAUAGAGCCCUUCCCCAGGAAGAUAGAGACUUCGCUGAAUCAAUCGAUUUUGAAUUGGUUAGCCAAGAGGACGUCUUAUCAGAAGAAUUGUUGUUCUCUGAGAGCGCGCCUGAGGACGUGUUAUCUGAGGAGAAGGAGUCUUUUGAGCACGUGAGCGAGAGCUAUGAAUUUGUGAGGGAGCCAGAACCAAGUACGUUUGCGGAGUGGCAAGAGUCGGGUUUGGAGAUCGGUCGAAGAAAGUCGCCAGUGGAGUUGUCGGAAACGGAGACUACGCAGAAAGAAUCAAAUAAGUCCCAAAUUGAUGCUUUCUGCUACACGUGCAAGUGUCCGAUUCCAGCCGCAGACAAAGUUGUCGGCAUCCACAAAGACCAUGAAGUUUCCGCCCUGGACACAGCUAUAAGUGUGGUAAAGGUUCAGUUAGGGGAAUUUCUUGAAAAUCUACAAGAAAAGUCAUUGAAGAUUGAAGCUUUUGUUACUGAGAUUGAAUCCUUUUUUAACACCAUUGAGGAAAACUGUAGUAAGAAUGAGAAACUUCUAGAAGAGCAGAAUGAAGAAAUGAUGAAGAAAGUGCUGGCCCAGUAUGACGAGAAGGCCCAAGGCUUUGAGGAGGUGAAGAGAAGGAAAAUGAGCUACCUCCAUGACCAGAUGGUGAGCUUCCUCCAGAGUAUGGAGUCGGCCAAGGAGACCCUGGAAACAAUUGUGAAGGAAGCAGAGGAGCUGGACGAAUCCGUUUUCCUCACAUCAUUUAAGGAAAUCAAUGAAAGGCUCCUUUCCGCAAUGGAGAACACCGCGUCUUUGGAAAAGAUGCCGACUGCGUUUUCACUCUUCGAGCAUUACUCGGACAGCUCGGCAAGAAGUAACCAGAUGUUAAAGCACAUGGCCGUUCCCCAGGCCCCGAGGUUGGAGCCCCAAGAGGCCAACUCAGCCACCGGCACGACGAUAGCAGUCUACUGGAGUGUGAGUAAAGGAGACAUCAUUGACUCUUUCCAAGUGUACUGCGUGGAGGAGCCUCAGGACGACCGAGAACCAAAUGCUUUGGUGGAGGAAUACAGGGUCACGGUGAAGGAAAGUUACUGCGUCUUCGAGGACCUGGAACCAGAUCGGUGCUACGAAGUGUGGGUCAUGGCUGUGAACUUCACUGGCUGCAGUUUACCUAGUGAGAGGGCCCUUUUCAAAACAGCUCCGUCCACCCCUGCGAUCAAGGCCGAGGACUGCACCGUGUGCUGGAACACCGCCACUAUAAGGUGGAGCAAAGCCAAUGCCGCGCCCACCGACACCUACACCGUCGAAUACUGCAGGCAGAACUCCCCCGAGGGGGAGGGACUCCGGUCCUUUUCCGGAAUUAAAGGAACACAGCUGAAAGUUAACCUCCAGCCCAAUGAUAAUUACUUCUUCUAUGCAAAAGCCGUAAACGCUUUCGGGACGAGCGAACAGAGCGAAGCUGCCCUCAUCUCCACACGAGGAACCCGCUUCCUCUUGCUGCGAGAGACCGCUCACCCCGCCCUUCAGAUCUCCGCGGACGGGAUGGUGAUUUGCUUCACGGAACGGAGACGCCUCACGGAAAUUCCAUCCGUCCUGGGGGAGCGGUUACCUGCCGGCGGCCAGCACUACUGGGAAACCACGGUGGCGGACUGCCCGGCUUACCGAAUCGGGAUUUGCUCCGCUUCCUCGGAGGCACCGGGCAGCGCCCUGGGCCGAGACAACGCUGCGUGGUACAUGCACUGCUCGGAGCCGCAGAGAUACCAAUUCUUCUCCAACGGGGUCGUAAGUAACGUGCACGUGUCGGAGAGACCGGCCCGUGUGGGGGUCCUGCUGGAUUACGGCGGCCAGCGGCUCUUGUUCCGAAACGCCCAGAGCGGCCAGCUGCUCUUCAUCAUCCGGCACAGAUUCGGCGAAGCCGCCCACCCGGCCUUCGCCCUGGAGAGGCCCGGAGUGCUCACCCUGCACACCGGCAUAGAACCACCGGACUUAGCCAAACACAAGUAACCGUGAGCUCGCGAAGCACAGAGAUCCGGGAAACAAACGGUUCAAAUGCGAGGGGGACUUGACUCUCCCUUCCUGGUACCGCGCACGUAUAAAUGGCUCUCCCCAACGGGCACGUCGGUGAUAACCGUCGGUAAAGACUUAACGGCACCUCAGAUUUGGAACGCGCCGCGGGACGGGAGAGCAUUAAGCAGCCUCCCACUCUCUGUACGGUGCUGUGCGUGCUUGAGCACUUUUUCGACUGUGGAUCGAGAGGGGGACGGCUGCGUCCUCCUUGAUUUUCUAUGAAAUAAUCAUGAAGUCGAAGAGAGGUCGGAGGGAAGGAAUCUUACCUAGGAGUUGGCCGAACAGCCGACGGAAGAAAACAGACUUUUUCCACGGGAAAAGACCCAGCACGGCCCCGAAAGAUGACAAACUGCCACCCUUGGAGACUACUUCUCACCGAAAAGAGUUCACCUGUGUAAAGGUCGUGCCUAGCCACUGUAAAAUAAUCGAUGCUGUUGCACACCGGUCCCUUUUCUCUAAAUCACAAUGUAGGAAGCCACGCUAAACCUUAGAAGAUCCAUUUUGACAAAUAAAUGGGUAGAAAAAGUAAAA